CAUGGGUCCCGAAGGUAUUCAUCGAAAGACACAUUCGUCGAUUGUAGAAAUUGGGGUAGCUCGGAUUAAAACGACGGUUACUGAUAAAAACAGCGACAUAGACUGUCUUGUGAAGACGUUCUUGUCCAAUGACAAGAACAUGAAGAAAAUUAUUGGUCUUGACACAGAGCGAUCGCAUCAGUCGUCAGGAGAUAAGAAAGCAACCGCCUUGAUCCAGCUCUGCGAUGGAGACAACUGCUUAAUUGUUCAACUUCCCUGCGGUGUGCGAGUUUCCUCUCUUUUCAAUUUUCUAAACCUACCUGACUUCACCUUUGUGGGCAUUGGCAUACAAAACACUCUUCGGAAGCUGGAGAGCGAGUUUGGUCUGACGUGCAAGAAUGCUGUUGAGGUCGGACCCGGCACGUGGAACCAGCACUUGGCCGUUCAGAAAAGGUUGAUCCGUGAUAUUGUUUCGACUCAGAAACCAUCAAGCCCCAUCUUUGACGACUGGGGCAACUAUCUUCUCAACAAGGAUCAGAUUCAGCUCGCAGCAUGGAAUGCUCACUUCGCUUUUAGAAUUGGUAACCUUUUGUUGGAUGCUUUAGACUAUUAUCCCUAAUUAUUAAAUAAGGUUUUCACUAGAGUAGGAUCCGCUGUG